AUGGAAGGGGAUCAACGCAUUGGAGCACAUGCAGUUCUGGAAGGAAAACAUAUGUUUCAUUACGAACACGGUGUGCCAGUGACACUGGCCGUAAUUUCAGCCCCGCCGGAGAAUGGCAGCAGAUUGCCGUUACUGAAGCCAUAUCCUAACUGGGAUAUGCAGAAAAAUUCUGACAACUGCUCCACUUUCCAACGAGUUUUGGAUUUCAAAAUCGGUCCAAACGGUAGGAUGUGGAUACUGGACAGUGGUACUGAAAUGUUUAGUAAGACGAUCAAUAAAGAUCAGUGCCUUCCCCGUUUGGUGAUCUUAGAUCUCGAGGAUGGUGGUAAGAUCCUCACGAACUAUAUCGUCCCGUCAACCGUGAUCGAUGUAAAUUUUAUUAGACACUCACUCACCAACCUUAUGCUGGACCACGACGAUGGCGACUUUGCCUACUUUACGGAUAACCUAAAUAUGGCCAUGGUAGUCUUUUCCCUGGCACUGUCACCGGUGAACAGCAAAGGAGAUCGGGUUUUAUACUACGUGGCACUGUUCUCCGAUAAAGUAUCAGAGAUUUCCACUGACGUACUAAAAAGUCAAAGCUUGAGCCCAAAAAUCAGUCAGUGGGUCAGAGAGCUUGAUAUAAAAAUAUUUAGUAUACAGGCCGAGAUACUUGUCUCCAAUACCGGCAUUAUGUACAUCAAGUCGGACCCUAUCUCUUGGGAACCAAUGUUAAAUAUACCUCCUUUAUUCUAUGAAACUAGUCCAAAUAUCAUACAAAUUAAGAGGUUGAAGGUACGAAAUAAUCGUCUGAUCUUUGACCAGGAAGGUAACCUUUGCUUCAUCAAUCGCUUCAGCUCGAAAAUUCAAACCAUCAAACUAAAGCUAGAAGAAUCGAGCGAGUAUUACUGGGAUUAA